AUGAGCGGCCAUAUUAACGUAAUCUCAAAGGGUCAACAACCAUCCGGCCUUGGUGGUAACCAACCAGGUGGAGAUGGAAAAGAUGACAAGUCUAAGAAGAAGGAUAAGCCAAAGUACGAACCACCACCAAGACCAACAACUAGAAUCGGUCGCAAGAAGCGUAAGGCUGCCGGUCCAAAUGCCUCAGCAAAGUUACCAGCUGUCUAUCCGACGUCUCGAUGCAAACUCCGAUAUCUUCGAAUGCAACGAAUUCACGAUCAUUUGCUCCUCGAAGAAGAAUAUGUUGAGAAUCAGGAACGUUUGAGAAAGGCCAAGGCUGUAAAGGAAGGAACAGCAGCACCCGCCAACGCUGGUGGUGAUGCAGAUGCCGUUGACAGAAAUGCCGAUGAAAGAGGUCGUGUUGAUGAUAUGCGUGGUAGUCCAAUGGGUGUUGGAACUUUGGAGGAAAUGAUUGAUGAUGAUCAUGCUAUCGUUUCAAGUACCACUGGACCGGAAUACUACGUCUCCAUCAUGUCUUUUGUUGACAAAGAUCUCUUGGAGCCAGGUGCAAGUGUAUUGCUGCAUCAUAAAUCCGUUUCGAUUGUUGGUGUUCUUACUGAUGAUACGGAUCCUUUGGUUUCAGUGAUGAAGCUCGACAAAGCUCCAACGGAGUCUUACGCAGAUAUUGGUGGUCUCGAGUCGCAGAUUCAAGAAGUGCGAGAAUCCGUCGAAUUACCUUUGUUACACCCCGAAUUAUAUGAGGAGAUGGGUAUCAAGCCUCCCAAGGGUGUUAUUCUCUAUGGUGCGCCAGGUACCGGAAAGACUUUAUUGGCAAAGGCGGUUGCAAAUCAGACGAGUGCAACAUUCUUGCGAAUUGUUGGUAGUGAGUUGAUUCAGAAGUACUUGGGUGAUGGACCUAGACUUGUUCGACAACUUUUCCAGGUUGCCGCCGAAAAUGCACCAUCCAUCGUCUUCAUUGAUGAAAUCGACGCGAUCGGUACUAAACGUUACGAAUCCACAUCCGGUGGAGAACGUGAAAUUCAAAGAACUAUGUUGGAGCUUCUUAAUCAACUUGAUGGUUUCGACGAUCGUGGAGAUGUUAAGGUUAUCAUGGCUACAAAUAAGAUUGAUACUCUCGACCCUGCUCUCAUUCGUCCGGGACGUAUUGAUCGAAAAAUUCUCUUCGAGAAUCCUGAUCAACAUACUAAACGCAAGAUCUUCACUCUUCACACAUCUAAGAUGUCGUUGAACGAAGAUGUCGAUUUGGAAGAAUUCAUUAACCAAAAGGAUGAUCUUUCCGGUGCUGAUAUCAAGGCGAUCUGUUCCGAGGCUGGUUUGAUGGCAUUGAGAGAGCGUAGAAUGCGUGUCCAAAUGGCUGAUUUCAGAGCUGCAAGAGAACGUGUCUUGAAGACAAAGAGUGAGGGCGAGCCUGAAGGUUUGUACUUGUAG